GAGGCCGGCCGGCCCUGCCCCCUUAGCAGGCGGGCGGGCGGGCGGGCGGGGGUGGCUGGCUGGCAAGGCGGGCGGGCGGGCCGAGGAGGCUUCGCCGCAGCGGAGAGCCGAGAGGCGGUUCCAGGCGGUGGGAGCAGCAGCAGCGGCGACGCAGAUGGCUCCUGCGGGCGGCGGCGGCGGCGGAGGCUCGACGGCGGGGAAGAUGGCGCCGUCGCACGUCCUCAAGUGCUGCCAGAAGGUGCUGGCGUGGGUGCCCGUGGUCUUCAUCGCCCUGGUCGUGGCCUGGUCCUACUACGCCUACGUGGUGGAGCUGUGCUUGUGUGAGUAGACGCGGGCUGGGCGGGCUCAGGAAAGGCGCUUCCUGGGAUGCCCCUGAAACCGCCGCUGUCAUGGGGGUUUGGCGGCGGGGUGAGUUUCGGGUGGGGGCCCUCUUCUUCUCCACCACCACCACAAAAAAUAAACAUUAAGUCCAUUAAACGUUAAUGGUGGCAAGGCAAGUCUUGUGCUUCCUCCUUCCCCAAAUCAGCCACCGCCUGCCUCGUUACUUCCUCCCUGCUGAGCAGCAGCCCUGAGGUGCUCAGCCCAGCAGCAGCGGUUAUUCGUGGCUAAAGGGUAAAGAGACCUGUUGCCUCUUUUUCGCCCUGAUAUCUGGCACUGCCAUAUGCACAGGGUCUGUCCUGGGUGGUCUGCUGCGUUUAUGAAUCUGGAAAGAGGUAGUAGCAAGCACCACACACUCGCGUGCUCUCUCUCUCUCUGCACUUCGGGUUGUGAAAGUGGAUUAGAGGCUUCCCUUCGAGGCUUGGCGCUGAAGGGAGCCGGAGGAGGAAAUCCACCCUUUUGCAGCUCUGAUUUGUGAAUGCAACAGGGUUUCUAGGACGGAGCAGUGCUAUUCCAUGCACGUUUCCUUGAAAGCACCCUUGUGUUCAGAUUGUAGCCUAAAUAAGCCCCUGUUUGGUGUCAAACAUCAGAAGUGUGCAUAGGAUUGAAGCCGGAACAAGCCCAUGUCUCCUGUUAAAAUCUUGGACGCUUUAGGUUUUGUGGGACGGUGUUUAACUGAUGUGUGUUUGUUAGUAGGCAAAUGCUGGUGUUACUGAACAUUGCGCUAUGCUAAAAUCCUUGGGUUUUCACUCUUCCCUGUAAGUUUUUGCUUCAGUUUUAAUUCAUUUGAGGCUACCGUUAACCAUGACCCUAUGGUGCUUUGGUUGAUGCUAAAAUGUUCUUGUGAGUCCCUUUCGUUGGACAAAAUUUUAGUGGAGAGCUUGCGGGCGGGAACAGCAGUCCUUUAGCACUCCUGCAGUGCUUCAUUGUGCUUCUCUUGUCAUUGCUCUUUUGAAAGCAUACAUUGAACAAGGUUCCUGGUGAGAUAGUCUGGGAAGGGUCUGAUAAUUGAUCCUUAUGGGUGGUAGGGUAGUUUAGCAUAAGACACUCCACCCCAAAGAGAAAUAGAAUGAUGAUUUCAGAGAUAAAUUUCAAUUGUAUGGUAAGACAUUAGCAUGAGUCUAAACCUCUGCUGUUCAUGAAAUGAUUAUGGGUGCCUCUUCAAGAUCACUUAAUACAAGUUGCUCAUUUUAACAGCACUUGUCCCCGCAAUUAGGCUAAUUAAAGGAGAUGAAAGGAUAGAUUUUUGAAAACAGGCUUCAUGCAUAUUUAUUUGCUGAAUGGCAGAUAUGCUUUAGUGAUUGCAAGUAAGGAGUUGUUAACUCAUCCAAAGUAAAGGAGCUAAGAUUAUUCGAGUGUAUUCUUUCCAAGGAGCAGAUGAUUGCUUCCAGCUUUGACCACUCUUCUUCUUCUUCAACUUUUGAGUUACUUCACUAGCCAUCCUUAAAGCUCUUUGUCCUAUAAAUAAUAACAUGUGAAUGUUCCGUGUUGUAAUAUGGGAAUAUUUACAAAAAAACUUGCUGUUUGUUUUCCUCUAGAAUUAAUUUUUUAAAAAUAAAAUAUAAAAAGGGUUCAAUAUUCCUGUUUCACAAUCUGGAACUUAAAACAAAAUAAAAACAUAGGGUUCUGCCAUCCAUGAAGAGAAGGGCUCCUGCCAUUCACAAAAGGCUUUUUCAUCCUUGGAGGAAUUCUGCAGAUUGAGGGUGGGGGAUGCGUUCUACCGAUUUCCUCCUCCCUGUUGCUUACAGUACCACAUCCUGCACUGUUCUGCAGGACCCCUAAGCACUGUAGAUUUUCAGUGUGUGCAAGGGAAAGGGAGAAUUAGCAUUGUGUUGAUCCAUAUCUCUAAGCAGAAACUCCACAUACACAAGCCUAAUGUAUAUAGACUCAGUGUGUGCAGUUUGUACCCUGUAAAUAUAGAGUACAGAUUGUAUAGAGAGCAUUUGUGCAUACUACAAUGGUACCUCGGGUUACAGACGCUUCAGGUUACAAACGUUUCAGGUUACAAAUAGUACCUUGGGUUAAGAACAGAAAUCGCGCAGUGGUGGCGUGGCAGCAGCCAUUAGCUAAAGUAGUGCUUCAGGUUAAUAACAGUUUCAGGUUAAGAACAGAGGUACCACUGUAGAUGUAUGCACUUUGCAGAAGUUAUGGCUGGCUGAGGGUGAGGCAAGUGGCAUGCAUUAAAUGUCCCCUAUUUGAAACAGGGCUGGUAUAUAUGCUAUACUGUAUCAUAAAGCAAAGAACCACUGAUCUGAUUAUUUUAUUGAAACCCUUUCUGAUGUUGGACUAGGUUACUUUUGUUAUGAAUUUAUUAUGACGGCAGUACAAUGCAUAUAGCAUUUAACAUAACCUCAUACAGGAAACUUAAGAUGUUAGAGUGAAAUGUGUUAAUAUUCCUAAUGUUUUCAGCAAUCAAGGCUUGAUCUAUAUCCCUGUCCUAUGAAGGUUUUAUUGGUAGAAUGCCUGAAGGAUUGACUUAAACAUACUUUUUAAAACUCCCUAAUUCUAGGUCAAACAAUUGACAUUCACAAAACCAAUGGCUUGGAAUAUUUUUUCAGGUUCUUUGUUCUUUCUUCCAUGGAGUGUCUAUUGCCAUAUGAAGGUCCAAGCUUGGUUCAGACAUUAUGAUCUCAAACCUAGAAUGAGCCAUGUACCCCCUUUGCCAAGUUUCAGCAAAGAUUUCCUUGCUUCUUAAACCACAUGCUUUCCAUAAUGCCUGAAACUAUGACUUAAACACUUCCUACAAAUUAGAAUAUCAAACCAGGAUCUAAUCCUGUUUUGAUAACUUGGCUACUAAAACAUAGUUUGUGCUAAAUUAUUAUAUCUGAACUAGGCCAUCUAUAUCUCACAUAAAUACAUAAAUAUAUGCCUUUAUUUAUGCACAAAAUACAUAAAUAUAUUGAAACAAAAUUGUAAGCUAUAUGUUUCUUCAGUAAAAAAGAGUUAAUUAUUCUCGAGUUAUAGCUAGCAGGCAUAUGGGAACCUCAAAAAGUUAGCAACUGCUUCGUAAAGCAAAUGUUUGUAACUUAUGGCUCUUAUUUUGGUGGAUUAAUCUUUGACUGUUAAGUCUGUGAUCUUCCUCUAGCACCCCAGAUUCUUCUUCUUCUUCUUUGGCGAUCACUCAUAGCUGAGUAAGAUUGUCUUCUAUAAACACGGUUUUAACAAUGAGUCUGUAAGGGACUGUGGAGGCCAGUUCUGGAUCCACACGUCCUUCCACAGUGGGGACAUUGGUUUCCGGGCGGGAGUUGAUCACAGUGUGGAUUUGCCAAGUGUGCCUUCCUCUUAGCACGUUUCUCCCUUGCGUCCUGAGUUCAAGUGUCUUCAAAGCCCAUGACACCUUUGGUAAAGGCUGUUCUCCAACUGGAGCGCUCGCAGGCCAGUGUUUCCCAGUUGUCAGUGUUUAUACUACCUUUUUUUAGAUUUGCCUUGAGACAGUUUUAAAUCUCUUUUGUUGGCCACUAGCAUUACACUUUCAAUUUUUAAAUUCAGAAUAGAGUAGUUGCUUUGGAUUAAGAUAGGGAGGAUAAAGGAGAGGUAAAAUGUUUAGUUUUGGAUAAUUUCCAUUACAAAUUUGCAAAUGCUUGGUAUAGACAGGCAUCAUCAUCAUAACUUAUUUAUAUGCUGACCAUCUGACUGGACUCCCCAGCCACUCUGGGUGGCUUCCAACAACAAUAACUAUUAAUGAUACAGUCAGCUCGCAAUUUACGUGGGAAUUACAUUCUGGGGAUCAUCCUUAAAGCCAAAAGCGCAUAUAAAAACACAGAAGGUUCAGUGGUGGAUGAGAUUGCCAAAAUACUUUCCCGCGGAUGCCCAACCCUUUAUUAUUAUUUGCCAGCAAUUUAUUUCAAGAAUAAAUUGUUGAUGUGAAAAUAUCUUCACCAGGUUAGCUUGCAUCAAGCAGAUUAAAAUUCUGAAAGCAGUAGAGAGCAACCUGCCACAUCCACAAACCUGUGGAUAGAAUCACAGUUGGUGGAAUUGAAAGAUUCUUAUCUGACAUUUCUGCCAAUUUUGAGGGCCAGUCACUUAGCCUAACCUACACCACAGGGUUGUUGGGAAGAUGAAAUGGGGGGUGGGAACCAUCUUGAAAUCCUUGGAAGAUAAAGGUGGUAUUUAAAUAUAACAAAUAAAUACUUAAAAAGUAACUGAUGUACUCUUGACUCUCUAAUAUAACACACAGUAGUGAUAAUUGUAGUUGCAAGUGUGCUGAACCACAUGGACAAAAAGCUCAGCAACUUUGGUCAGCCCCAGGCGCUGGUGGUCCUCCCAAUGCCACUUGCUUGUCACUCCCACUGUCCCUCACCAUUGGCCAUGCUGAUGGAAAAUAGAGACCAACUACAUCCGGACACUCUUAGCUAGAGCAAUCUCCUAACUUAGCAUUAGGGAUACAGAGUUUGCUACCCAUGCAGAUUUUUCUUUCCCAUUACCAGGUGGGAACUUUGCACUAUACUCUGGCAACUCUUUUUCUGUCCAUAACUUGCUGGUUGGGAUAUUUAGCCCAAUGAAAGUGCCCACUUGUUUUAAUACACUGUGUGAUAAUAUACGCAUGAGAUUAUAGAUGAAGUUAUUGAAAAGGAAAAUCUGACCUUCAAGAGCAGGAAAACCUUUUUGCUUUUCUUCCUGGCGGCCGUCUGUUCUCCUACCAGUCAAAAAUCAUUGCAUGUGACAUGCACUAUGAUGAGGUUUUUUUUACUCUUUAUAAUAAAGCACUUGACAUUUAGAUUUUAUUGUGAUGUGUAAGAGUCCCAGGCAGAAGCUGAUUAAUGUGGGCACUUUGCAGUAGGGGACAAAAAGAAGGUUGGAGACAGUUUACUCUGAAAUUUGUAAUGACUCGGAAUGUUAAAAGCUACCGUAUUUUUCGCUCCAUUGGACACAGUUUUUCCCCUCCAAAAAUUGAGGGGAAAUGUGUGUGCGUCCUAUGGAGCGAAUGCAGGCUUGUGCCAUAACCGCGUGCAACCCCUCCGGCAGGGAGAGGCUGCACAGGGCUAUGGCUUCUUUAGCCCCACGCAGCCUCUCCCGGCAGAGAGAGGUUGCGUGGGGCUAAAGAGGAAGCCAAAACAGCGAGCGGGAUCCUUCCCGCUCGCUGCCUUGGCUUGCUCCAUAGCUGCGCGCAACCCCUCCGGCAAGGAGAGGCUGCACGGGGCUAUGGCUUCUUUAGCCCCACGCAGCCUCUCCCGGCAGAGAGAGGUUGCGUGGGGCUAAAGAGGAAGCCAAAACAGCGAGCGGGAUCCUUCCCGCUCGUUGCCUUGGCUUGUGCCAUAGCCGCGUGCAACCCCUCCAGCAGGGAGAGGUUGUGCGCAGCCUGUACGCUGCUGUUUGGGGCUGGGGGGGGGAAGAUUUUUUUUCUUGAUUCCCCCCCCCUAAAAACUGGGUGUGCCCUAUGGUGCAAAAAAUACGGUAUAUUCUUUCCUUUGCCUGUCAGGAGAAUUACUAAAGUAAAAAUAUGUGCUUUUUUUUGUGGCUUGUAUUUUCCUUUUUAUUGGUAGCUUGUACAUUGUGUAAUGCUACAAUAGUUUGCACACAGUUCUUUCAUAUGCUGUUAGUUAAAUGAAAUGGACAGUAAUGACCGUAGGCCUAAUCAAAUUUUCUUAGAGGUAACUGAGACUCUAAUUCUGUACAUGCUUCACUGUGACUUACUUCUGAGUAAACAUAUGAGAUCAGGCUACAUGCCUCUUUGAAUUAAUUGAAACACUGCCAGAGAAGACUACUUAGGAUCUCAGUGUAGCACCCUAAUUCUUCUUACUGGACUAUCACAUUUGUGUUUGGGUGGGAAUGUCUCAGCGCACUCCUACAGAACACAGUGUUGAUCGUCAAGGCUGACAAGUGAGCAAGACAGUUCCUGGUGAUGGUGGACAGAGACAUAGUCAAAGCAGCAUGUGAAGGCAAAAAACCAAAAUCACUGGCCGAGGGAAGGUGCACUGGUGGGCACCUCAGUGAGUACACAGGGAGCUAGCUUAAUCUUUGUUAAGAAGGCAAGUUGCUUAGCAAAAGAGCAGCAAGAGAAAGUACUAGAGAUUUAUAGUUCCUGGUGAAGUAUCAUUGGCUCACAUGGUCACCUGAUGCAAUGCAGAAUCAGCAGCGCUUUGCCUGGGUGUGGCAGACAGCAGGCGUAAUAUGUCUGGUGUUCUUCCUUCCAGGCAGCUGUCCUGACAAUGGUCAAGGGUACAGUUUACAUGCCAUUGUUUCAGGAAAGCUGCCUUUACUGGCGCAAAGAGUACUGUGCUUGAGUUGGGUUGCCAGUGUUCUCAGGUUUAUAAUAGUGUUCCAGCUGUGUUGCGGGGGAAAAAAACACUGGUACGAAGAUUGAACGUUGUUCUUUUUGCAUGCAUUAUUUGUGUAUGAAAUGCGGAGGAUGGGAGGAAUUCGACAUAGCGCUAUGGCAAGAAUUCUGUUUGCUCAAGCAUUUCAACUUGCCAGACAGAACGAUCUCACCUCUCUUUCCCCACGCACUCUUUCUGGAGUUUUCCCCCUGACCUACCACAAGUGCAGGAAGGUGGGGGCAACCCCACUGCUACUGGAAGUCAUUGUGCUGGCUUCCAUUCAUUGUCAAUCCAGCCCAGCCUCUAAAGGAAGAAAGCUGUUGAAAGGCUAGGAAGGGAGGUGGGAGAUACUUGAAAAGCAGAGGCUGGUCGGUCGAGCAGUUUGAGUUUGAGGAGGUGUGUUAUUGGCAGUACAGUUUCUAGCAGAAUAGGAAACAUCUGGGUUUACGUUAGACAGGAUACUAAGUGUGGUAUAUCCUUUGUGUCUGAUUCAUUUCCUAUAUUGUAGACUGGUAUUUUCCUGCUGUGUCUUCAUUAUUAAGCAGCAUUUAAUAAGUUUUUUUAUAUCCUAGUAGCCUUCAAAACAACUCUGAGGAACUUAAGUAGACCAUGUAUGGAAAUUGGGGAAUUUGUUUUGAAAUUGAGAACUUGUUUCUACUACCAUUACUACUACUACUACUACUACUACUACUAAUCUUAUUAUUUAUGUCCUGCCCAUCUGACUGGGUUGCCCCAGCCACACUGGGCAGCUUUCAACAAAAUAUUUAAACACAAAGAACCUCAAACAUUAAAAACCUCCCUGUACAGGGCUGCCUUCAGAUGUCUUCUAAAAGUCAGAUAGAUGUUUGUUCAAGAAGUACAAUACUUUUGCAAUACAAAUAGCAUGUGAACUACAAAAUGACUCAAAGUUGUAUGAUCCAUCUUGUCUCAAGUCAAUAAGUUGGUUUGUAAACCAGCUGAAGUUGGCAAUGUGGUGGUCAGAUCACUACACAAACAAGCUGCAUUUGAGUAUGAAUGUUAAGGGGAAAUAAAAGUGGAAUAGGUCCCUAGUAUGUUUGCAUACUGGGCAGGGAACAAAAACAUUUACAGUACAUAAUAAAAGAGUGUGAUUUAACUUGAUAUUGCUGAAGGGAAGACAUUUUAAAUGGUCACUUCUAGAUAAUUUGGAAUGCUCUUAGUUCAUUCCUAGAAAUAAGCAGCCAGCCAAUCUCUUGAAUUCCCAAAAUAAACCUUUAAGCCUGUCAGAAAUUAUUCAGUAUCAAAUAUUUGUGUGUGGAGUCAAGAUGAUUCAGGGUGGGUAAAAAGAUGCCAAGACUUUCAGAACAGUGCCAUUGGCCUGAAUUCAGGUUCAGUUGGAAGAGAUCAAAAGAUGUAGGGCAUAAUCCACUGGAAAACAUAUCCUGCACAAAAUACAAAUCCCACUAAAAUUUAAUGGGAGCACAAAUUUGGGAGUCAGUAUCCAAAUGUAAUAGCCUAAGUCUAGGGAGAGAAUGCUUGACCAGUUCCUUGUAAACAGAUAUUCUCCAUGCAUACAACUUCUGAAUAGAUUAAAAACUCACAAAAAUGCAGUGUGUGUGCGUAUGUUUGUGUAGGAGAGAUAUUGUUGGCAAGAACAAUGCACACAGUCUUUGUGAAGGGUAGGCUUGUAUUCCUUAUGGUAGCACUUCGCCAGUUUUGUGCCUCAGAUAUUGUAGGUUGUACAGGAUAUAAUCACUUCUGUUGGAAGUGGCAUUAGUUUUCGGAACAGCUCUUGCAGUUCAUAGCAAAGAUGCAUGGUUGGUUGGUGUUUUUUCUCUAUAAAAAUUCCUACCUAUAUUUGAAUAUGACUUCUAAUUUGUAGAUCUUUUUGAUGAUGGUUAAAGAAUUGCUGCAAGUGUUUUAGGGUACAUUAUUAUUAAUCAGCUUUUUGUACCUGCUGGCAUAUUUCUGCAUGAGUAAUUUAUAUCUUGCAAUAUCUUAAUGGCCUUAUGAUUAUUUACUAUUAUUCAUUAACAUUUAUAUAGGUGCUUAUCAGUAGCCCCUGACUUAGAACAACACAAUAUUUAAAAAACCAAUUUAAUAGCUUAAACCUGUGUUUCCCAAACUUGGGUCUCCAGCUGUUUUUGGACUGAAACUCCCAUCGUCCCUAGCUAGCAGGACCAGUGGUCAGGGAUGAUGGAAACUGUAGUCCAAAAAUAGUUGGAGACCCAUGUUUGGGAAACGCUGGUUUAAAUCAACAAUAAAAUACAGCAAAAAAGUCCUUGCCACAGACAACCAGUUUACAGCCCAGAUUUAAAACAUGAAUAAAAAGCUCUUUACGUCAUGCCAGAAAGACUGCAUAGGAGGCAUCAGUCAAGCCUCUCUGGAUAUUCUGUACCAAAAAGCAACUCUGUGUAGCCGCUUGCCUUGAUGAAGCACCUGGAACAAGGGAUGAAGAGGAUCCUAAGGUUCUGGUAGACUGUUUCUUCAAAAUCCACUUCUGUGUAACUUGCAGAUCCUAGUUCAUGUCCCACCUUUUGGAGCAAUGCAAAAGAAAUUUGCUCCAUCAUUCUGACAUACAAAGUAACAUACAAGAUAACUAAUAACCCUAGUUUAGUUAUUUAUUUUAUCCCAUGAUCAGAUAAAAUUGUUCUUUGUAUAAUUUGGAAGUUCAGUGUUAUUGUCUUGCUUUUAUACAUUUUCACCCACUUCCUUUGUUUAUUUAUAAACCUGGUGUUUGAAUGUGCCUUUUAUCUAAUCCAACUUGUUCUCACUCAUUCUUCUUGAGAACCUUUUGAUCAAAAUUUAGGACCCUUUAUUCUACAGCUAACAUGAUUUGAAACGUGGUUUGAUCUUUUUAUACAGAAGGAGAAACUUCUAUUAACAGACACCCCAGUUUAGUGGUGAUAGUUUUUUAUUUUGAGAAGAAACCCACUCACCCCUCAAUGAUUUAGCUAAUGUGUAAUCUGUUGCAUCUUUCCAUUCCCUCCACUAUGUAAAGCAUUAACUACUCCCAAUAAUCAGCAGACCAAUUUGGCGCAUUCAGAAUAUAUAAAAAAAUUUUAAAAAAUUGUCCAGUAACACCUUAGAGACCAACUAAGUUUGUUGGUAUCUGAAUAAGUACCUGAAGAAGUGUGCAUGCACACGAAAGCAUAUACCAGGAACAAACUUGGUCUCUAAGGUGCUACUGGACAAUUUUUAAAUACAUUUCGACUGCGUCAGACCAACACGGCUACCUACCUGAAUUUAGUGCAUUCAGUUUGUUGAUGAUGAUAGGAUGUUGUGCUUGGUAAAUACAGGGUGAGUCCUUUAAAAGAGGCCCCGUGGAUACAGAGUACACAUGUUCCACGGGGCCUCUUUUAAAAGACACACCCUGUAUAAGAUUACAUUUUACAGGAGCAAAUUUUUAGCUAUUCAGUGGCUUUGAAUUAGGCUGUGUUGAAGCCAUAGAAGUAUAUUCACUAGAAAUGUUUGUACGUAUUUACUCUGCAUUUAUAUGUAAGCAUUGUCCACCCAGUUACCUGUUCAUUGUUCCUUGCUGCUCUCAAAGCAAAUGCUGAUAGGUGAUGCUAGUAUGUGGGGCUUGGCUUAACAAAUUGGUGAUUAGGCUUCUUUUGUAAGUAAAGGCUUACUUGCAGGACAAGCAUAGGUAACUUGCAGUGGUGGAAUGUAGAUAACAAUUAGGUAUUUGAGUUUAAUAAAGUGUACUAAAUUGAUUCCCGAGUGCUGCCAGUGGUCACUAUUCCAUAUGAGAUUAAAUUUAUUUUUAGUAUGUUGAAUCUGCUACUGGAUGUAUGUAAUCCUGCUAGGCUAAAUAAAAAUAGACCAAGACCAUGCCAGCAAUAGUAACUGAAGUCCAUUUUAAAACUGCAUUGUUGGCUUUAUUUUGGUUACUGAACCUCUACCUGGUAACCUGUGCUACAAUCAGGGCUGGUGAAAGGACCUGAAUCUGGGCUUAAUUGCAUAACCAAGAAAGGGAAAGGGUUGUGAUGCAGGCACAAGGCUAAUUCAUAUCUCGGCAUAUUACUGCCAGAUACAGUCAUCUGAACUGGGCCAUGGAGUAUGAAAGAAAUGGCACUUGCCCAAGAGCACAAUACAUGUGUGACUCACCUGGUUUUGACUCUGGGUCUUCAGCAGGUUUAGCCCUCUGGCAACUGAAGUUUAUGGCUCCCUCACUGACACACUGACACUCUUUCAGUGCAUUACUUGAGCUUCAUUUUCUUGAAGGAAAAGUGAAAUAAAUAAAAUUGAAGAAUUAGUGUAUUUUGCAUUCAUUUGUCACAGCUACUGCUUUCCCCCACAAGAACUGAAAUGAGCAUAGCUUUUGUGAUCAAACCAUUUCCUAACUAAAUAGAUACAACAAUUUAUGUGAAAGGAAUUGUGCUCAUUUGCUGAACACAUACACUGAUUUUUCCCCCUUUAAGUUCUUGUACGUACUUUGGAAAAUGGCAAAAUGAAUUUUCUCCAGGAUUACAUUAAAAUUAGAUGAUCUUUGCUCAGGUUUUAUUAAUAUUGGUUUCUAAAAGACUACAGGUAGACUCACUCUAGUUUUUUCUGUUUUUUCCCCUAGUUACAAUAACCUCAACUGGCGAAAAAGGUAAGAAUGUUUCUUCACAUAUAUUUCUUUGCAUAGAGUGCAUAUAUUCAUUAGCCUUGGUAAAAAGAUGACCUUUUGUUUGAGUUUUAGAAUUCCAUUUAUGUAUUUUUAUUAAGAAUGGCACAAAUUUCCCCUACUUUUGUGUUCCUGCAUGCCAUUGGUUAUGCAUGUAUGUGGUUCCUUGCUUAUCUCUUCUUUUAGAUUCCCUCUUAUGGUUGCUGCCUAUAAUUAUAAUCCUUCUCUCUUGUGGUUGCUGCCUAUAAUUAUAAUCCUAUCAUCUUUGGAAUUAGCACAGAGAGAAAAUAAAGUGAUGUAGCUAGGACACAUUUAAAAAAUGGGUGGUAUCGGUAAUGGAUUUUCCAUAGAGAAAAAUUGCCAGGUAUGCAUCGGUUUAGCAUGCUAGACAUGCAUUUGGAAAGUUGUGAGAAGUUGAUCAACAAAAAAGUUCCCAGGGAGAGUUUACCUGGCAGUUUAGGAGCCUCACAUUGGGCUAUUCAUAAGCUGAAGUACUGCAUCCUGAGGACUGCUGUUGCUACCACCUGUCAGGGUUAGGAUUCAUUCCUUUUCCCAAGAGAGUGUGUUGGAAGCUGCUGGGAAUUGCUCUCACAUUAUUUCUGCAUGAGAAAUUCAGGCUGCAGUGUGGGGAGAGAAUGCUUGUAGAGUACAGUGGUACCUUGGUUCUCAAACGUAAUCCGCUCCGGAAGUCAAUUCCAAAACCAAAGCAUUCCAAAACCAAGGCAUGCUUUCCCAUAAAAAGUGCCAAACUUAAUCCAUUCUGGAAGUCUGUUUGACUUUCGAAAUGUUCGAAAACCAAGGCGCAGCUUCUGAUUGGUGCAGGCGCCCCAGAAACAAUAGCCGGCAACCAUAUCGGACAUUCCGCUUCCGAAAAAAGGUUUGAAAACCGGAACACUUUCUUCUGGGUUUUCAGUGUUUUCAGAACCAAGGCGUUUAAGUACCAAGACAUUUGAGAACCAAGGUACCACUGUAUAGAAUUUAGGAAAGGUUGGUAGUCUCCAGAAAGCUUUUCUUUGCUGAAAAGAAUAUUUGCCUUGAUGGUUGAACAGUGGUAUGAAGCAACUGUCAUUCUCUUUAUUUUACUUUCUAGUACGUUAAUCUUUCUGCUGUUACUGCUGUUGGAAGAAUUCCAUUUGACUUCAAACACAUUUCUUGAGAUUGUGUAGCUACCAUAGACAUAACACAUUCUCUACCAGUUUAAAUGUGGCUUCAUGCAAAGAGAAUGAUUCAUGUUAUUAUGUAGCUGCUUAGUUUUUUGUGUUCUAUAUUAUAACUCAAGCACUGCUAGGAAGAUUCCUCCCCCAUGUAUUUCUUAUCAAUAAGAAAUUUGGUGCGGCGUGAAUAAAAUUUUACUCUGAAAGUGUGGCCCAGAGAAAGAAAAACAUUUGAGAACCACUGUAGUAUUGCAGUUCCAUAGGGAAGGAAUAGCUGCUUAAUCAAUUUAAACCUGUGGGAUGCGUAUUUCCUGAUUUUGCAUUUCAGAUUUUAUCUUGAGAUGCUUGUUUGAAGGAUUGCCAAAGUGAGUGUCUGUCUGUGGGAAACCCAAUUCAUGUAUAUUCUGAACUAUAUUGCUAGGUUAGCUUUCUUGUUACCCAGUCAGCUGAAUUUUUCCAUUUGGCAUUUGUUUUCCUCCUCCUUGUGAAGUCCUUGGUCUCACUGUUCAGUGUUCUUUUGUUGGUAACCACACUAGUUUGAUUAUUUAGUUUUUUCCUCUUUUUUGAUACUGUAUCUGAAUCUGUAGGAAAACACUUGUGGUAGAACUGUCUCUUAUUCUGUGGUACACCUAUAAAGUAGGAUGCUUAAUUUAGAAGAAGAAGCGGGGGGAAGCAACAGAAUUAUGGUUCUGCUUGUGCUAAGUCACAAGAGCCACAACGAAAAGGUCCCAGUAAUAGUCUCACAGUUCCUUUCUGAGGAAAAUAAAAUCACUAAAGCAAGAUGCUGUAUAGAAACUGCUAGUAAAUCAGGAUUAGUAUUGAAUGCAUGCAGUUCCUCAGUUAAAUUAAUGCAUUAUGAUUGCAAUCAAACAAUAAUUGCCUGACAUUAUUUGGAUUUUUGUGAAUUGUUUGGAUAUAGACCCUUCAAUAAUAAAGUCCUACUUAUAAUUCCUGGAAUUAAGAACUAUUCAAACUCCAAACUUAGAAAACCUCAAGCUUGAUUACUUUUCUACUUAAAAUAAUUAUAAUUUUAAACAUUCAUAUUUCCCCUCUGGAUAAUAUCUGCAAGGAUAUAUUCCAGAAAGACCACAUAUAGAUAUUUUAAACACUUAAGAAUUAAAUUAAAUAAUAUUCUUGGCAGAGUUUUAAGGUUUCAUAUAACUUUCUAAAAGAAAGACUGCCACAGGAAAAUCUAGCAUGUGCACAAUGUCUUUGGAGCAGAUGGAAUCCCCUAAUGUUUCUGGGAUUGGACUGAGGCUUAAUUGUAUAUCUUCUUAAACUUCUAUCCUUUAUCAGACUGCGAAAGUAGGUCAAUAAUUUCUCCUUUGGUGUGAGAAUAUGACAGAAGUAACAUUAAAUAUUCAACACCAUGCAGCAGUUUUCCCCACCCCAUCAGUUAGUUAUACAAAGUGCUUUCUUUCACCACUCUUAAGAUUCUUCUGUAGAUGCUUGGUAGAAUUGAUAGUAUAGCAGCAACUGGAUUUAAGAUGCAAUAGCAAGCCUGCUAAUUAGUAUUUUGUUAUCUUCUUAAUGUAGCUUAAAUAUACCUAUUUAGAAAAUCAGGUUAGAUUAGGCCACUGGAGGAACGUAUGGGCCAAAAAGCGACUGCACUUGGCAGUCUUGUAAAUUAGUUGGGAACAGCUACGAAUUGCUUCUUAAUCCAUAGUGUGUUAGCCUGGUAGCACUAGCUAAGGAGGAAUUGCUUCUGGGUGGAUGAAAAGGCUGCUGCAGGAGAGAUGGAGCUCCCCAGUCGUUUUCGUAGGCUAGUAGCUUUGAAGACCUUUUUACAAGACUGUUAGAAAUGUGAGCCACCAAUUUACUACACUGACGUGAACCUCUGGUGUGACAGCCCUUUAGAUAGCCAUCUUCAAAUAUCUCAAGGGCUUUCACAUGGAUAAUGGAACAACCUUGUUUUCUCCUGAUCCAGAGGCUAGGACCUGAACCAGUGGCUUCAAGUUACAAGAAAGGGGAUUCUGACUACACAUCAGAAAUAACUUUCUGACAGUAAGAGGUGUUCAACAGUGGAGCAGGUUCCCGCAAGAGGGGAUGGACUCUUCUUCCUUGGAGGUUCUUAAGCAGAGGUUGGAUGGCCAUCUGUCAAGUAUGAUCUAGUUGAGAUUCCUGCAUUGCUGGGGAUUGGACUAGAUGACCCUUGGGAUCUCUUCCCACUCUACAGUUCUAUGAUUCUAUGAUCUGCCUGUUCUGGUGCACAAGUGUGUUUGUGUGUGUGCUACGUCCGUACAAUGCAAUAGGUUUCAUGUCACUGUAAUCCCACUUUGAAUUGAGAUUAGGUGAGGAAUACAUGUUAGGAAGAGUAAUUGAUACUUAAGGCACUAAACAACUCUUCCCCAGAUAAUGGCUUGAUAGCACCAAUUUUCACAGCAUUUUUCGAAGGAAAUAAUCGUUCUAAAAAAAGUGUAUAAUAAUAACAGUAUCAAAAUGUUGGUUUACAAUUAUAUAGUGCUCUAGUGCUACCUAGAAGGGUCUUUUAAAACUGAUAUACCAUUUCUUAAAUAUGAUAUUUUUAAUAUUUUAGAAAACAGCACACAAUUUAGCAGAUAUCUUCUUUGUUGUCUCUUAUGCCAAGCUGCAUUGGUAUACAAAAUACCUAUGCACUCAAAAUAAAGAUUUCUAUUUGCCUCUCUUUCUUUUGCCCUUUAUACAUGUAAGAGAACUCUGGAAGAGACUAUCUAUAACUGUUUCACUAUGCUAUAUUUAUAAUGCUUAACCUCAGUGACAGAUAUUUUACCUGUUUUCAUUAUUUGAAUAUGAAGCAGCCCUUAACUCAGAGGCUCAAUUUAGACACCAAGCCAAACUGGUUGGCACUUAAUACCAGUAGUACAACCUGUCCCAAGGUUUCAGCUUCUAAACAGUCAGGCAAACCAUGGUUUAGAGCUGCUUUUCUGUUUUUGUUUUGUUCUGUGUCUGCUCAGCAGGUGCAUAUUUAGGUGCGGUAGCCUCUGAAUACCUACAUCAAACAGUGACCUCUGAUUCUGGUUUGUUAGCCACUUGCAAACCAUGACUUAUCAGUGGGGACAUCAUGCCAAACCACAGUUUAGCUUCAAUAAACCAUCAUUUGGUUUGAUGUCUGAAUUGAGUUGUAUGUUAGAGAAAGGGCCAUGGAUUCUGUUAUUUUGAGAUGAUAGAUUUUGGCUUUGCUUUAACAUGCUUAUACUGAAUUCUUACAGCAUCCUAAAGCAGGUGAUUAAAAAAGAAAUAGAAUCAUAUUACGAUUGAAAUUUAAAAUGUGUUUAAAAUCUGGGUUAAGUUAAACCAAAAUAAUUGUUUUUAUCCACAUUAGUAGAAUUCCUCCCAACACUGAUUCUAUAGUGUUUUUUCUCUUCAGAGCUCGCCAAGAUAGCACAACAUUUGUUCUGCAAUCAUCUCUUCAAAGUUAUUUUGCUGAUAUUAUGAAGAAAAACCAUUGCAUUUUUGUUUUGUUACUUCAGCUGUAUUCACUAAAACCUUAUUUGUAUUUUUUUUAUUGCAGUUGUCUACCUUGUGGUUUUCCAUCUGUCGUUUGUCAUGUUUGUGUGGUCCUAUUGGAAGACUAUUUUUACAUCUCCUGCCUCUCCUUCUAAUGAGGUAAAGGUUAACUUUGGCAAAAUGUUGCCUUUCUUACAACAGAAUUGUUUUUGCUACUGAUGUAUGAUGUGGCUUGCUUUUUUCAUUUCCAUUCAGUAAGUAACCCUGUUCUGUUGUGAAUGAAAUUCUUAAGAAUAUUUUCUAUGAUUAACACAUCAUUGAUGCCAACUUCACAUUUCAUUAAUUUGGACAUUAAUUGUUCACGUUUCCAUAUGCUGUAAUCCAAUAAUGUGGCAUUCAAGUAGGAGAUGUUGUUAAUCAGUUUCUUAAUCUAAUAUUUUGAAAUGGAUAUGAAUUAGUUCACUGUAUGUGUAUCUCUGUAAGCAUCCUUAUUUUAACAAUAUCCCAUUGUGCUCAGUGACAAGUCUCAUACUUGUUUAGGAAUUCUUUUAAUUGUGAGUAGACUCCAAGCAAUACGCAAGCACAAUAUGGAAGAGCACUGUCAGCAGGGAGCCACCAUUGUUGUACUGAGCAAUGUGUCAUAUUUACCAAUCCAUACGUCUCAACAAAGAAGAUGAUGAGAAGAGUAAUGCAGUUGUAGACUUACGGUCACAUUCAUAAUGCAGAUGUAGACUUAUGGUCACAUUCUCGUAAAACACUAUUGAAAUCUAUUUGGCUAAAUUAAAUUAAUCAUGACUCUUCCUAAAAUCAUGGGUAUUGUCUAAACUAAGUAGUGCUUGGAGCAGAACCGUUGAAGUCAGUGGACUUAAACUACUUAAGUCAGUCUUCUCUAUUGUAGACGUGUGCUGCUUUUCUGUGAAACGUUGGCCUAAAGCAUAUUUUUACAGCUGUAAACAUUUCAGUAGAAAAAAAAUGGCUGUAAGUGCCCCAGAAUGAAGGGUAUCUGUUGGCCAGAUAUACUAUAUUUUCUGUAGGUUUUUUUUUUUAAAAAGGACUCUCGUGUGUAGGUAACCUAAAUAUUGUGACCCAUGCAAAUGACAAAGAUGUUACCAUUUGUUUGGCUACUCUGCACCGCACUUCAUCUGUUAGGCCUAGUGCAGAUAAGGUAUUUCUGAUCUCCUAACCAUGGUUUCCCUGUGUUCUUAUCCAGUUAAAUCCUUCAGAUUUAUUUAUUCAUUUAUUUAUUUAUUAAGAUAUUUUAGACAUUGGUCAAGUUCCCACAGUGAAGGAGUUUUGGUCUCUUUUGUGGCCAGGUCUGUUAUGCCAAGAUUGUUAUCGCACAUAGUUGAGAUUUCAUUAUAUGGAGGAAGCUGAGGUUGCCAGGGAGCAUGUGUGUCAGUUCCUAACAAGUCUGGGUCAAUUGACCAGUUAGCUAAGCUUUCAUUAAGAGGAAUAUGUAGCAAAACCUCUUACUUGGGACAAGGCAUCUCCAGUCCCAUUACUUGCACACUCGCUAUGUAAGGGACCAGGGCUGUCCAUAUAAAACAUAUUACCGUAAUUACAUCUUGCCACAGUUGCUUUGAGUUACCUCCUCCAAUCCUGUAUGUAUUCUCAGGUAGCAAUAAAGAGGUACCGAUCUAACUGAUAGAAAAAUGCAUUCUUGUAGAUUGAAAUAAUAGGAAAUCUGUGUUUAAAGAGGAUGUUCCCUGCGUAGAUCAUCUCUUUAUUCAUAAAUUAUGGUGGAUUUAUCUCCAAGUUGAUGGUGUCCAACUUUCUCUUUCAAAUAGCUAAUGCAAAUAUAAAAGAGUAUUAUUAUAGUUUAUUAAAACAACCAUUCUUACAUAGUGGGGAAGCCUGUACUACAAAAAGCAUUGACUGCAGGUUUUGCUGUACUGCAAUGCCACAUUUGUCAAUGAAAAGAACAAUUGGUUUUGUCUGACACCCUGGAAAGAAAUGGGAGAACAAAGGGAUGCUGUUUUUCCCCAGAUUAAUUGGAAAAUAUUCUGCACCUUGCUUGAAACCCUUCUAGGGUUUUUUGUUUGCUUUUUGCGAGCUUAUGUUAUUUCAAAUGUAUGUAGAUAUUGUUGGGGAAGAAGAUGCUGUGGCCCUCUUAGCACCUAAAGAUGAUAUAAAUGGAGCGUUGCUUCAAGAAUUUCUUGAAUCAGUCAGUGUUCUGGUGGUGGUGGUGGUUUUACAAGUGUUUUAAAGUAUCCUGGUUUCUUAUCGACAUAAACAGCUUGUCUGAGCUUCAUCUUUUAACAGCUUCUUUGCAACACCCUUGCUCUUGACUAGCUGCCAGAAUAUUUACAUGAUGUUCUUCUUACUUGGGGCAGACAUGCCCUGCAAAGUAAAUUAUUAUCAACUGAGCAAGUCCCUUAGACAUUCUGGAUGUAUAAUUACUUUACAGCUAUUAGUGUCUUCCUGGGUACAUUUUAUUCUGUUAUGUCCUGACAAGGACAUUUAAAUGGCCCCUUCUCCGGGGCUUUAAUAGUAAACCAACUCAACAAAAAUAAGCUGGAAGUAUGAAAUGUCACCUGCUAAAUUUAUGUGCAUCACACUGAUGUUAAAGACCAUGGGGCAGGGCCAGAAACAAAGCAGCAGCCUUAGUAAUAUGGGGGGGGGCACACCUUGGGGAUGGACCAGAGGCUGAAACUGGUGUAGAAUGCAGCAGCUAUGUUGCUUGUGGGAGCAAACUUCCUCCAGCCUGCAGCACGUUGCUUGCGGGAUUUGCACUAGCUACCAGUCUGUUACUAGGUCAAGUUCAAGGUGUUGGAACCAACAUAUAAGGCCCCAUACAUCUCAGGACAAUGUUACUUGAAAGACGGCCUUAUCCAGGCAUAGGCAAACUCCGGCCCUCUAGAUGGUUGGGACUACAAUUCCCAUCAUCCCUAGCUAACAGGACCAGUGGUCAGGGAUGAUGGGAAUUGUAGUCCCAAACAUCUGGAGGGCCGGAGUUUGCCUGUGCCUGGAUAUACCCCGCCCAUCUUGCUGGGUUUUCCAGUAUAUCCCUGAAGUCUACAGGAAAGUUUCUCCUGCAGGUACCAAAGAUUUAAGAAUUCCGCUCCAUGGUAACUUGGAGUAGAGGUAUUAAUACAGCCGUUCCUGUUCUGUUGAAUAGCAUUCCUGUCAACAUUCUAUAGGUGCCCACUAUCCACUUUCUGAAAACAAUGGAAGAUAUUUUUCUUCCAACAGGCUUUCCCAGCUGAGUAAAUGGGUCUUUGCAAUGAAUGUCAAUUUUGUAUUGCUUUAGUUUUGUUUUAAAUGUAUCUGCUGGUUUUUUCGUGUGUUUUUAACUGUUGGGGUUUUUGGUUUUGGUUUUUUUGCUAUUUUUAUUGUACACUGCAUUGAGACAGUUGUGGAGACUUUAAUAAGUGAAUUAAUAAUGAUGCUGAUGAAGACCAGUUUAUAAUCUGGUUCUCAGAGUAGUUAAACACAUUAUGGAACAGUGCAUAAUGAGAACUUUGGGUCUUGAGGUUGUGGUGGCCAUGGUCCUUGGAGUCCCAAGACAUGCUCCUCAUUGGAUUGUGGUGAAUAGUUUGAUAUCAACACCUGUGAAAAAGGGAAAUUCUAUGUUCUUUCCUGCACCCUUUCUCCACAUCUGCUCUGGAGGCUUAGGGGAACUCGUAGAACAGAUAUGUUGCAGGGAGAGGGGAGUGAAAGGAAGUUCUGUUGCACAAAUGGAAGUCCUUGCACUAACUGAACAAGUUAACGGAAUACAGUUCAGAAUCCCAAGUCACAGCUGGUGUAAAAAGAACUGUUUCUUCCCUAAUUUGUGAGGAUGGCAAAGAAGGAAGGAAUCAUCUUGGAGGAUGCAUACUGAAGGUGCAUUAGUCUUGGCAGACCCAACAUCCUGUUUUCUUUAGCCCCCGCCCCCCCCCUUAAGAAGAAACAAGAAGCAGUCUGUUUGAUUCCAUUCAGCCUAUUAAACUCACAGACCUGGUCAGCAGGCAGCAGCACAUAUUCACAGAGAGCAUCCUACUUUAUAACUGGGGGGAGUAAUUGUUAGCCACUUAAAGAAGCAUCCAUAUAGUACGUUUGGUUUGGGAGCCAUACUUGUGUUCAGUUCAGUUCUUUUCUCUUAGGUUUUUAUUUUGCAGGGGAGGGGUUGCCAGGCAAACAUGUACCUUGAAAUGCAGGCUUAUUUAGUUCGCACCUGCACCCUGAGAAUCAUAGAAAUUGGAGAGUUGGAAGGGAUGAGGCCCUGAUGCUUUUCCACAGUGAUCUAAAAGUUCCUUGUUACACAUGAGUAACACUUUCAAAAAUAACAUUUUGAAAUUGAUUUGUUAAGAAUAGCUAUGGAUUUCCUUUCUCCUGCCCAAUUCUGUUUUGGAAUGUUAACAGAAAUCCUUAAAACAAAUUGAUGUAUUGUCUAGCUUCUAUUAUGUGGCAUUAAAAAAAACCAUAGUUCUGUUAUCUUUUUCAGUUUUGUUUGUCCAAAUCAGAUAAGGAACAAUAUGAAAAAGAAGAGAGACCAGAAUCCCAACAAGAAAUCCUCAGAAGAGCUGCUAAAGACCUCCCAGUCUAUACUACAACAACCUCAAGAGGUUAGCCUGCAAAGAAUCCUAGCACUGCAUAAACUCCUUAAUGAUGCUAUCAAGUUUGAUUGGAUUGGGGCCAUUCAGCAGGCAUGAUUUCCUCCCUUACUUUCGGAUUCUUGGCAAACAAUAGUUUGCCAUAUCAUUUGAACUUGGCAAACCAGGAUUGGAGAGCUUGGUUUGAAUGAAGAUUGCACCCUUGAUUCAUAGGCAAACUAUAGUUCCCUUGAUUUGGAUAAACAGAUAACCUUUGGUUUUCUGAGAACCUGCAAGUAAGGAAAGUAACUGGCAUGCAUAAGUGAAAGAGUGGAGAGAGGGAAUGCACAAUGGUGAGGUUCAUACCUGUUAGUUCUUCUAAUGAAACCAUGGUUUAGCAUUGUGUUUCAGCUAAUUCACCGUGUUGAACCAUCUAGUUCUUCAAAUUGGUUUUAGCCUGUUUUAUCUAUUAACCAAGAGGCAGACAGGUUUUCUAAAGUAAAACCAGCUCUGGAAUUGAACUUUGCAUGGAGACGUAGCUGCUUGGGGAGAAUUUAAAAUACAGAUAUGUGCAUCUGUAGCAGGAGAAGAUAGCAGCUGCACUCAUGCAAUCAAAACUUGGCUUAAUAAGCUAGGAUGUGUACAAGUUGCACCUGCAUGCAACCUCUGUGCUCCCACUUCACUCCUGCUGUCACAUGAGUGGGAAAACAAACAUUUUAACCAUAGCUUCCCAUUAUGUGCAAACCAGGAACUAUGGUUAAUUUCUUCCAAGCAAGGCAGGAUCCGGAAGCCAACUUUAAACUGCGGGUUAAGCCAUAUUUUAAUUCUGCAGACCAGACCAUAAGCACAUAAGAAGCGCCUUGUGGUUCAGCCAUUGGUACAUCCAGUCCAGCAUCCAUUUCCCACAGUGGCCAACCAGGUGUCUGUGGGAAACGAGCAAGCAGGAGCUGAGUCCAAGAGCACCCUUGUGUCCAUAUGCUUAAACUAAUGUUUAGAUUACAUUUAUGUUUCGCUCAUCACUUGUCCAAAUGUGUCUCUUGCAUUCUUGUUCUCGUCCUGAUAGCUUCCUUCAACCUCUGCUAUAUGUGAGCUACCGAUCACCUUUACAGCACACUGUGUAUUUUGCUAAAGCAGACUUGGCAGAAUCCUGUUUUGAGGUCUAGAUUACCUCUGACCUUUGGAUUGCUAAACUACAGCUUCAUAUUUAACACCUUGAUUUUAAUGUUUAAUAUAGCCAUAAGAUACUGCGAUAGAUGCCAGCUCAUCAAGCCUGAUCGAUGCCACCACUGUUCUGCCUGUGACCUGUAAGUACUUGGGGAUACUUAGCCACGGGGUAGGAUAGACUUCAUCCGAUUUAUGCCUCUUAGUGUUGUCAGUAUCAAGCACAUGUUCACACCUGAAACUACUGUGUUAUUUUUUCAGGUACAGGAUGGUUCUCCACAAAAAUAAGUUUCACCAGCGAGUUCCUGGGUUUAUACCUCAUUGUCUUAAACACUAUGCUUCUCUGCCUUCACUUUUGCAUUCCUGUGUUCUGUUAGCACUUUUGCUGUUGUCUGUACUGCAGUGACCUGCUGGAAGAUAUUUGCUUGUAGUCAUACGCUUUAGAUUUAGAACAUGCUAUGAAAAUUAGAUAUGUAUGUUUCACUUCAUGGGUGAAAAAUUAGUUUGGGAGAGAUUUUUUAUUGGGGAAAUGACUGUAGAAGAGGAAGCAUUCUUUUUCCCCCUCUUCAGCUAUUUUUUCAUUCAGGCUUCCUUGGCUGCUUGACAGAAAGAGGGGGAGUGGGAGAGGAAAACAAACUUUUAAAAUAAAAAGUUAAAAUCUAAAAAGGAAGGAAGAGGAAGACCUACACAACAUCUUGCAUGGCUCUGUAGUGGGUGGGAAUUUUGGCAACUGUGAUGUUUGCCUGGAUGUUGAAAUGCUUUAACAGGCUUUGAAAGCUAGAGAUUAGAUACUAGGGGUAUGCACAGGCUCCAGGCCUUGCAUUGUAUCUGAUCUGCUUCUGAAACACUCUGUACUUUCUCUGUUUUGAUCUGUGUUUCAGGUUCUCUGCUCCUCUGUAUACAAUUAAGCUUUGCAUUUUCCUCAUUCACUAUAAUGGAUAAUCUAACAACAACUAUAACAUUCCCCUCUUUUUGCCAAAAUAACUUACAGACACAGAAGCCCCUCUGGUUAGAUUAAGCCUGCCAAACUGCAGACAAAUACAUCCAGAGGCUUGUGGAGGAGAAUUAAAAGGGAUGAAUUUUUCUCCAUAAUUCCUGUUGGGUUUGUCUCUUCCUUACCUUAAAAUAUUUAAUUAAAAUGAAUAAUUAAGAGGUGGUCUAUUUUUUGAAACAUGGCAGCUUUGCACCAGUCUUUUUCUGAUCGUUGUUUGUGUCCUCUGAUAGUCUUUACAGAUCUCUGAUGGGCCUCAUGGUGCAAGGUUGUCGAGAAACCUCUUUGCAGGGUUCUGAAGAGCUCUGGGCUUUUGUUAAAGCAGAGGAACAUAGGAUUUUAAAAACAAAACAAAACUCAAUGAAGCUUUUACUUUUCAAAAAAAUUCCCAGUUGUUGUGCUUUAACAAAAAAUAAUAAUCCAGAGCCUCACUUCUUGCAAAGCCUGUGGGCCACCCUAGAGAAACACAGAGGUAGAGAAACAUUGUUAUAUGGCACAGGGGGAGGAAAGAAAAAGAGUGGCAGUGUGACCCAGAGCUUUGUGGGAACCUAAUCUGACUCAGAGGAUAUAAUGACAUCAUAUCUUGACUGAGAUGAAGAGGAGGCUGAAUAACUAAUUCAGCUUUUUAUUUGACCAGUGCACACCUCAGUUAGACAUUCUUGUUUGGAAAAUCCACAUUUGUACUGUUUUGCCAUCAUUAACUUUAUUGGAAAUGUCUUUCUUUUUUCCUUAGGUGUGUACUGAAAAUGGACCAUCAUUGUCCUUGGUAUGCUCCCUCCCCCUUGGGUUCUUAAUUUUUGUCUGUGCAGAGAGAAAUAAGUAAACCACUUCUUGUUGGCUGUGCUGCAGGAUGAACCAAGAACAGGGAUAACUAGGAGUGACUACCUCCUCUGAGGAAAUUUUGGUUCUACAUUACUAGGAGUUGGUCUACUGGCAAAGUCUAAAUGUAUAUUGGGUUUGAUUGAUUUUUAUAACAGAAUGAAAAUGAAAAUGAAAUGAAAAACGAAAUGAAAAAUGAAAGCCUAAGGCUGCAGUCAUAUUCUGUUAAAAUUAAUGGGAAGUUUUAUAUUGGAAGAGGAUUGUACCAUAAAAAGCAUUAAUAUUAUUACGUAGUGACAGUUUCUACUGAAUGGUUUUAAUACUUCCCUUCAGAAGGAUUAGAGUUUUAAAAUAAAAUCAGGUUUAGAGCAAAAAAGGAUCAUUAGAAUGAAAGAGACAAUUUGUGAAUAAAUGGAAACAACUGGACAAAAAUACAAAUUGUAUUCAUGUUUGCAUAGUUAAUAAGCAACAUUUCAGUCAUUUUUAAUUGAUAAAGGGAUGGUUUUUAAAAAUCAAUUUCAAGCUUUGUGCAUUGUAAAAGAGAGCAAACUUUUUUACUUUAGGCAUUUAAGUUACUUCCAGAAAACAGUUUGCCUAAUUCUGCUUGCAAUGGCAAACCUAAAAGAUAGACCCUUUUAUUGCCUGCCGUUCUUCCAGGUUUACAUAGCAGUUUCUGUUUUCUUUUCUAGGGUGAAUAACUGCGUGGGAUUUUCAAACUACAAGUUUUUCCUCCUGUUUUUAUUUUAUUCCCUCCUGUAUUGUCUUUUUGUUGCCUCUACAGUGCUGCAAUAUUUCAUAAAGUUUUGGACAGUAAGUGGGGUUUUUUUAUUUAAAAAAUCAUAUCUUAGAUAUUUUAUCUGUCUAUUUAGCUGUCUGUCUCUGUGUGUUUAAACAUCAUGCAUUUAUUGUUGACAUACCACAUAUAACCAUCAUCAGUUUGAAGCGGCUGAAGGAAUAAAAACCUACCGAUAGUUAAUCUAAAUUUAUUUAUUUAAUAAUGUGUGUUUUUUCAGAUUCACUAGAGCUGGAAAACCCUGGGACAGUUUUUGCUCUGCAUGUUUUAAGAGACCACAUUAUGUUCAUAUGACAUUUAUUAACUCGAAAAAUGUCAACAUUGCCCUCAUCUAAUUCCAAAAUAAUGUUCUUCACUACUCUGAUUGAGUAGCAUUCUUUACUUUAUAUUAAAUCACUACCUGAAAAUACAAUAUUAUGAAGGCUGUAGACCACUGAGGUUUGUGCCACAAGAAGCCAAAAAUGCCUCAUGUUGCCAAUGGCUGUGGACUUGCACCGUUGUGCUUCUGAAGAACAUGGAAUAUAAGAGAGCUUCUUAUUUAAUGAGAUAACUUCUUACAUUAAAGAAGUCAGUUUUGAUUUCAGAAAACAGUUUGUGUGUGCAUGUAUCACAAGUAGAAAAGGAAAAUCUUUGACCGGCUCAGAGUAAAUUCUCUCUCUUAAUAUUCCAUGAGAUCUUCUCUUGUGAGGAUAAAGACACCCUUCUGAGGGUUGGUUAAGCAUAGAGAAAUAUGGGCCUUAUAGAAUGAUAGAAUUGUAGAGUUGGAAGGGACCCUGAGAGUUGUUUAGUCCAAUGCCCUGCCAUGCAUGAAUCCUGCCCACAGCCUCAAACCACCAGCCUUCUGGUUAACAGCCAGACGCGCUGAUCCACUGUGCCACAAAGGGCUUUAUUUGGCCAUGCAAAGGAGAUUGUUAGCCGUUUUGAGACUCCUUAGGGUAGUGAUAAAGUGGGAUAUCAAGUCCAAACUCCUCCUCCUCCUCCUCUUCUUCUUCCUUGUUUCCCAUUACAUCUGAUUUGGAAAACUAUGGUUACCAGCUUCAGAACAGGCCAGGAUCUUACAUCAACUUUAAAUGGUGGUUUAAGAUCCUAACUUGUUUCUAAUUUGAAAACCACCAUUUCUAGGUUUGGAGAUAAUGGGGGGAACGAUGAUUAACUGGAGGCUAAUUGCAACCUCCUGAGAAGGAAAGGGUGGUGUGCAUGCAUGCAAGACUCACUCGUUAUUUCUUUAAGCUGAGCUAAAUACAUCUGAACUGAGACAGACUUGGCAAACUCCAUCCAGUGAGCUUUCUGCCUGAAACAUGGGAAGCUACUUUAUAUCAAAUCAAACCACUGGUUCAUCAAGCUCAGUAUCGUCUACACCAGUGAUGGCCAAACUUGGCCCUCCAGCUGUUUAGGGACUACAAUUCCCAUCAUCCCUGACCACAGUUAGCAAGGGACCAGUUGUAGUCCCAAAACAGCUGGAGGGCCAAGUUUGGCCAUCACUGGUCUACACUGACUAGCAAUGGCUCUCCAGGGUUUUAGAUACGAGUCUCUCCCAGCUCUGCCUGACGAUGAUAAGGACUGUACUUGGAACCUUCUACAUUCACAGCAGAUGUCCUGUGCGUCCUCACCCAGUGCUUUAAACGUGACGGGAUGCAUCCAAAAUUCUGUGCUUGGCACCACAUACACUUUCUGGGUUUACCAAUUAUCUAUUAAAGAAUCAUAGAAUUGUAGAGCUGGUCCAACCCCCUGCAAUGCAGGAAUCUCAGCUAAAGCAUCCAUGAGAGAUGGCCAUCUAACCUCUGCUCAAAAACCUUCAAGAAAGGAGAGUCCACAACCUCUCAUGGAGACAGCUCCUGCUGUCAGAAUGUUUUCCCUGAUACUGUAUUUAGUCUGAAUCUCCUUUCUUGUAACUUGAAGCCAUUGGUUUGAGUCCUGCCCUCCAGAGCAGGAGAAAACCAGUAUGUUCCCUCUUCCAUGCGACAGCCCUUGAGAUAUUUGAAGAUGGCUAUCAUAUCACCCCUCAGUCUGCUCUUUUCCAGGUUAAACAUACCCACAACUACUGUUUUCAGUAACUGUAGUGAAAGUUACCAAAAGAUAUUAGAAGAAGAAUUAUAUAUAGCAAUACAUACAGUACAAAUAAGGAGACAAGUGUCUCUGGGCAGCUAUUAGUAAUAGGCAGAUAGAAUCGUAAUAUUAUUUCAUGUGAUAAUGUAAUAUCAGUCAGUGGCUCUGAGAUACAGUACUGGAACUGGUUAAUCUAAAGAUGUGUUUAAUCAAUCAAUCAAUCAAUCAAUUAAUAAUAUUUAUACCCUGCCCAUCUAGCUGGGUUUUCCCAGCCACUCUGGGUGGCUCCCAACAGAAUAUUAAAAACACAAUAAAUAAUCAGACAUUAAAAACUUCCCUAAACACAUUCCAUUCCUGGUCUCUCUCUCUCUCUCUCUCUCUCUGUGUGUGUGUGUGUGUGACUCCCAUUAUUUUUUCAAGAAACGACUAGAUAUUCUUGAUUUCCUCCAUUUUUCAGAUAUGUGAGUUUUAGCUCGCUAACAUUUUGAAAGGAAACAUGCUGCUUUCCUUUUAAACAUUUUUGAAGAUACUUCUCCAUCAGUUCUUAUAAAGAUACAUUUUAAAGCAGUGGUUUCCAACUGGCAUAACUUACCCAGGCAGUCAAUGGCACAUGCCUGCCAACUGUCUGGGGCAUCCUGUUUUGGGGCAGCCAUGCUGUGCCCCAAAACACACAAGAUUGCAGCACCCAAAAUCACACGAUUUUGGGUGCCGUGCUCUUGCACAGGUGCAUGGCCCAGAAAACAUGCAUCCCAGUUUUGCGCUGGGACAUGUUGGAGGGUAUGGUGGCACCAUUCACAUAACCAAAACUACCACAUCAGAUGUCAACAUUUUCAAAAACAUGGGGUCUGCAGUACUUAGCUAAUUGGGAACCACUGCUCUAAAGCAUAGGGAGAUCUGUGGCUUUUUAAAGAUCCAUUGAGAAUGGUUUAAGCUAUGAUUUUAGAAUUAAAGUGAUAUACGUAAGCAAAAUGAUAGGUAUCUUACAUGUACCCAAACCCACUUUUAGUUACAUAAAAAGAACUAAACAUCAUACAAUAAAUUGAAGGGAGUCUCCAAAUAACUCAUUCUGUAAUUCUGUGAUAGUGGCAAGGACACUGUGCUUUCAAAAUGCUCUGAUUUGUAGCUGGGUAACAAAUUUCCAAACCUCACAUCACUAUGAACAUUAGCUUCCAAGAGUCUUCUUGGAUCUAUAUAAAACCAAUUGGCUUCAAGGCUGAACUUCCAAUGUGGAAAAUUAGAGAGAGCAAUGUGUUAAUCUUAAUUUUAAUGGUGUGCCUUGAGUCCACACCAUUAAAAUAAAUUACCUUUUACUUCAAUCUCAUUGUGCAAACACAAGCUCACCUUUACAUGUUCAUCCACUGAAUGUAGACUAAGGCCUCUUGCCAUUGAAUGCUGCACGCAUAAGCCAUUAAUUUUCUAACAACGUUUUUACUGUUUCUGAACACCAGCCUUGAAGGGAUAAAGCUAUUUAAUAAAUUGUCUUUAUUUGCACAAAGCUUUGCCGCAGGAAAUCUGCUGAGAAUUGUCCAAAGGUAAAAUGCAAUUUAAGCUGAAGUCUGUUCUGGUGUGCUCAUUCAUUUUUAAUAAUGAAACAAGAUUAUCAUACUAUUUUGUAAUACUAUCUGUAUAAUUAUGUAUUUUUAAUUAAUUGAAGCUUAUUGUGGAGAGCCGAAGAAGAAAUUAGUACACUUAAAUGCUGGUGGUAACUUAAAUGGAUGCUAAUCUAUGAUGAGAGAAUUUUACUUUUACCUUUCUAUUUUAAAGGUCAUCUUUUAGAAAUAAUUGGUUUUUCAAGCUAUGUAACUGCUGCAAUUAAACUAUUUAUUGUUUCAUGAGAUUUUUGUAAUCUGAGCAUAUGUGGAAAAACUUGAAACUGAAUUAAAAAUACACGAGACAUUUUCUCAUGAAAUGACACUUCUACUCAAUGUAAAAACAUCAUUAAAAAAAACCUAUGCACAUUCCCUAUAACUUUCACCUUCUUACAGAGGCUUACAUUGUAUGUGGUGUGUGUUGGUUCACAUGAUCAUGUGGCAUACAAAUAACAGUGAUAACUUCAUACUGAACAUCUAAUUAAGCUCAGAUGGGUGGGAGGAAGAUUCAUCCUGCCCCCAUUUCCAAUUUUAUAGUUGAAUUUAUAGUGUGUAGGCUUACUCUACAUCUUACCUCAGGCAGUUUAAGUUCUAUAAAGAAAAAUACACGUUGUAAACAUUGUAUAGGAAGUAUAGCAGCACUUAGAAAUCAUACAGAUGCGCAUCAAAGGAUGUUGAAUGUGCUUUUACAGUGAUGCUCAUGUACACUCUGUCACAAAGUAUUGGCAAGCCCUGUGAGUUGCAGUUCUACAUUGGUUUCAUAUAAUUUAGGUUUCUAAAAUGCUAAAUAUGCUCAUAGUAAUGUUUGGAUAUGGUGAUACUGGCUCAGAGAGGCAACUUUAUAGAAGACCAGCUGUUGAAUAGAAGUACUAAUCCCGCCCCCCUUUUUCUUCUUCUUCCCAGAAUGAACUGCUGGACACUCGUGCAAAAUUCCAUGUUCUCUUCCUUUUCUUUGUGGCUGCCAUGUUCUUCAUCAGUAUACUGUCACUUUUCAGCUAUCACUGCUGGCUGGUUGGCAAAAACAGGUCAACAAUAGGUUAGUAAACAAUCUGCGGUAUUGUUAUCUAUUCCAAUUCCAAGAAAGUCAAUGUUAUUCUACUUUCUCCUCACCGUUAAUCCUGUGAGCUAGGUUAGUCUGAGCAUGUGCUGUUGGCUCAAGGUUGCUUAGUGUGUUUCACGGCUGUGCUUACUCAUAAGCAAGUCCUGUUAAGAAUCCCUGGAGGUUAGGAUUGUACCCCUCAAUCAGCAUAUCGAUUUAAGUGACUUAUGCCGUUUCCUGCUACUGGCCGUUUUAACUUCUUGAGAGCCAGUGUGGUGUAGUGGAUAAGAGCAGUAGUCUCAUAAUCUGGGGAACCGAGUAUGAGUCUCCACUCCUCCACAUGCAGCUGCUGGGUGACCUUGGGCUUGUCACACUUCUUUGAAGUCUCUCAGCCCCACUCACUUCACAGAGUGUUUGUUGUGGGGGAGGAAGGGAAAGGAGAAUGUUAGCCGCUUUGAGACUCCUUUGGGUAGUGAUAAAGCAGGAUAUCAAAUCCAAACUCUUCUUCUGCUGCUUCCUUUCCAUCUUAGGUUAGCUGUUGUUAGAUACAGGAGCUGGGUUUUUGUUGUUGUUGUUGUUGUUGUUUAGUCGUAUCCAACUCUUCGUGACCCCAUGGACCAGAGCACACCAAGCACUCCUGUCUUCCACUGCCUCCCGCAGUUUGGUCAAACUCAUGCUGGUAGCUUCGAGAACACUGUCCAACCAUCUCGUCCUCCCCUUCUCCUUGUGCCCUCCAUCUUUCCCAACAUCAGGGUCUUUUCCAGGGAGUCUUCUCUUCUCAUGAGGCGGCCAAAGUAUUGGAGCCUCAGCUUCAUGAUCUGUCCUUCCAGUGAGCACUCAGGGCUGAUUUCCUUCAGAAUGGAUACGUUUGAUCUUCUUGCAGUCCAUGGGACUCUCAAGAGUCUCCUCCAACACCAUAAUUCAAAAGCAUCAAUUCUUCGGCGAUCAGCCUUCUUUAUGGUCCAGCUCUCACUUCCAGAAGCUGGUUUAAACCAUACCAAAUGGAACAUCUUUACUGAAAAUGUCUGUUUAAUUAGUUGCUUCCUACAUUUGUUCCAGCCGCCGCUUUUGUUGAAUUUGGUCCGUGUUUUUCUAGCUCAUUUUUUAAGAGUGCAAUUUUAAUGAAAACAACAACAAACUUUUAUUUUGUAGACUUUUUGCAUUUUUGCUACUUAAUGGCUUUAAAGGAUUAGACAAAUACAUAGAGGGUAAGGCUGUCAGUGAUUACUAGUCUUAAUGGCCAUAUAUUACCUCCAGGCUCAGAGGAAUUAUGCCUCUGAAUACCAGUUGCUAGGGAGCACAAGUGGGAGAGUGCUGUUGUGCUGAGGUCCUGGCUGGGCACUGUGAAAACAAGAUGCUGGGUGGGCAUUUGGCUUGAUCCAGCAGGGCUCUUCAUAUAUUCUUAAGAGAUCUGUCCUCUUUCCCACAUUUGUUUACUUUUGUUUUCUGUGUGUGAUGCAGAAGCUUUCAGGGCACCUAUGUUUCGAAAUGGACCUGACAAAAAUGGCUUCUCUCUCGGAUGCAGUAAAAACUUGAGAGAGGUUUUUGGAGAUGAGAAGAAGUACUGGUUGCUACCAAUUUUUACAAGGUAUUCUUGUUUAAAUUUUAUUCUUCUACUUUUAAAAGUUAUUAGAGUAAAAUCUAGAGUUUGGUGAUUUAGUGAAGCUAGCAGUCCUAAAUACUGCUAAAAUUGUAACUUGUAUAUUUCCUGAACAAUGAACAUACCUAUGUGCUAACUAAAUUAUAUAUUGUCUGCUAAGACCUAAACUGCAUUCUUUUUUAAAUUAUUUUUGUGCAUAAUGUAGCCUGGGAGGUUGCAUGUUCAAUCCUCUAUAUUGUGAGGUCCUUGUUCUGUACUGGGUAUUUUAGACAAAUUAUUUAAAAUAUUCCGUAUUUAUAUAUACAGUGGUAACUUGGGAUGCGAAUGGGAUCCGUUCUGGAGCCCCGUUCGCAUCCUGAACGCAACGUAAGCUGCGACGGCGCAUCUGCGCGUGCACGGGUCACGUUUUGCCGCUUCCGCGCGUGACGUCAUUUUGAGCGUAUGCGCGAGCGGCAAAACCCAGAAGUAACGCACUCCGUUACUUCCGGGUUGCCGCAGAGCGCAACUUGAACACACUCAACUCGAAGCACACUCAACCUGAGGUAUGACUGUAUAAACCUUUUUCUUCAGGACCGUGCCACUGUACUACAUACCAGUUUUUCCUUUUAAUCCCUCUGUAUUCUAGACAGUGAUUUUUGUUUUCUCCAUUGUAACGUCUGUUGUUGACAAACAUUUUCAGAACUUUGCAGUAGACACCUCUUUUAUUCUACAUAACUGUUUGUAAGUCUUGUGCAUGCCUGCCUGGGAGUAAACUUUAUUUGUCAAGAUUUUGUUGCGUUUUUAAUAUUUUGUUGGUAGCCGCCCAGUGGCUGGGGAAACCCAGUCAGAUGGGCGGAGUAUAAAUAAUAAAUUAUUAUUAGUAGUAUUAAAAUAUACCUCCCAAGUAAUAUUCAGUAGGAUUGGGCUUCAUACAUUUAUGGUUCAAGUGAAAUACAAAUGGGACCAUAUCAAAGUAUUUCUAUGACUUUACAAAAUAAAGCAGAGUCAAAAUAGUUGGUCGUCAUUAGUUCUUAUCUGUGGAUAUUUGCAGAUCAUUUGUACAACUGUCCUUUUUUAAAAAGUGGCAUCUUUGCUAAGUCCUACUGUUAGUAUUCCCAGCAUGAGGACAACACUUUUUUAAAGGGUCUGAUUUAGUUGCCUUCCACUCUAACAGCUGUGCUGUAACCUUGAACAUGCAGAAAUAACAUACUGUCAAGGAAUAUAGGUCGCUCAGACCUUUGUAAGAACUUUGUAUUUAAAAAGACUACCUUGCUUUGUGAGGUCAGCAGCCAGGUACAAUUUCUACAGUAAUAGCUAACGCCCCAUGUUUUAGAAAUUUAAGAGAAACAGCAAGAAAAUGAGAUUUCAGUUCAAACUGAGACAUUCAAAAACACUCCAGUGAACUCUUGAGGUUAAACAGACUGCAUGUAAUUUACUGAUAAUACACAUUCUUUUAAGUCUUAAAUUUCCUACCGUCAAGCUCACAUAGGUGUUUUGUGUUGUUCCAGUGGAGCACAAGCCUUUUUUUUAUUUUGGAGACAAACUUUGUUGAACAAGUACAUAUAUGCUUCCAUGGUGUUUAUACUAAAUAAAUAAACGUGCAAGUUACCUGCAGCUCUGAAAUAAGUCAUUUCCUGCAUUAUUUGUAGUGGAGGUUGCAGUGCUUAAAAGUUACUUAACCAUCUGCUAUACCAACCAGAACAUUCCAUUGUUUGAACAGGGCGAUGUACUAUCUACAUUUACUGAGUCACUCAAAUGUGCCACUUCAUAUAACUGUUUUAAACCCAGUGUAUCCAUUAGUGUUAGUUUUUAAUAGCACACUAGUUAGAUGUCAUGUCUAUUUUAUUGUUCAGUUUAGGGGAUGGCUGUAACUUUCCAACACGCUUGGUGAUUAUGGAUCCAGAGCAGCUUACUGUCUCAAGCCAAAAUGAUCCUGCUAAAAGGUGUGUGGUUUUUCUUUCACUUGUGUCUUGCUUCCUUUUAUCUUACGUGUAUCAUUUUUACAAAGCAAGGAAAAAUGCAUAUUGAAGACCACAGCUGUGGCCAAAUGUGAACAGUCCUCUUUGUAGUCUAAUCUUUUCCCUGCCUCUGCUUUUGACCCAUUGUUCACCAGGUCUUAGCCUCCUUUUUUACUCCCCCACUCUAAACGUCCUUUGAUGCUGUUUGACUUUGAAGUGAGUUAGGCUGGAAAGUUUAUUUCUUUUUAAUGGGAAGUUCUUUAUGUUUGACAAUAUUUAUAGUGCAAGCUUAGUUAUGGACACCUUGUCCAUUUAAAAUUGAGCUUUCUAAGCCUCAUUUUUUCCUGCCUUCGUCCUGACCUGCCAUAUGGAGCUUUCAGCCUUAUAUCUCUUACAAGCUCACUGUUCUCACCAAUUAAUUCCCUGUGCAUCCUUUCUGUUGUAUGCCAGGCAUUCAGAGUAGCCCUUGAGAGAGAUUGUGCCAGUUUAGAUCAUGUAACCACAAACUAUUGUUUCUUGUUAUAGGCUUGAACAAUCCAACCCUCCCCUUUACACUUGAGGGGAGGACAUUUAAAGCCUCUUUUCCUGGUUAGCAAAGUUUCUUACUUACUAGGAAUGGGUGCCUUAAAUGUCCUCCCAUCAUGCAUGAAGGGGAGAGGACAGCAGGCAAGCCUGAAGCUCAUGAAGUUAUGUCUUAACUGAGCAAUAUUAAUUCAUAUUGUGUUGGUCUCCAGAAUAGUGUUUAAGAAUUUAAAGUUCUUUGGUGCAUGAACUCCAGCUUCUGAUAGCAGUUCUUCUUUUCAGCUCGGGUCCCAGUCAACCAUUUCCUGUUAGGCCACUAAGCGAGUCCCAAAAUCGAUUGCUGGCCAGUGAAAACCAGUGGGUGGAAACCAAUUCAGAAGAUGAAAAUGUUAAAUCAGGUACUGAAUGUUAACUGAUUAAUUAUAAUCACUUGUUAUAGAACAGAAAUUCAACAUUCUGAUUAAAUGAGAGAAAGAGAGAAUGGAGAGUAACUGAUUUUAAAGAUGAACAAGUUUGUCUUUUGCAGAUUAAUACAAAUAAAGAGGUCAGAUACUGGCUUAAUGCCGCUCCUCCCAAAAAAAAAUUUCAUCACGUAACGUCUCUAAAGCAUGUACCUUUAUAAUUAUGUUUUCUUUAUUUUUUAAAGGUGUAAAAAAGCAUAUUAUAGUUUCAUUGGAGAGCUGAUCUUGGCUUCAGUGUCCAUCCCUCUCAGUGGAGAGGAAAAGAUGGUAAGAUAACUUCCGCUCAGAAAUAGUGAUUUAUUGUGACCUUGUAAGGCUGUGAAAUAAGAUUCUUUUCGUUUUGAAAGCCUUCCUUUUUUAAAAAAAAGAAAGGAAAAUGGAGCAUGGGUGAUGCAUCAGAAAUAUAAAGCCUAGUCUUAAAAGUGAAGGCAGAAACACAGCAAUUAAGGACAGUGUUUCUUCAGUGUGGAGUAGCCGCGAUCAGUUCCCUUGUGUCUGUGAUUAGGGGAUGAGUUUUCUAUAGGCUAAUUUGAGAUACCGCAAAUCUAUUUCCAAAGCAGAUUUAAAGCAGCAGGCAGAUUUCACAGAGUAGAAGCCAAUUCCUGUUUGGAUAGAAAUGUGUUUACAGUGCAGUUGCCAGCAUCCCAAGACCAAGCUGAUAGAAGUUGUAUGAGUGGAACACAGGUGGCAGCACAGAGACCCCAGUUGGGCUUCAGUCAUUUUGGAGAAAGCCCUUCAUAAGCAGUAAGUCAUGCAAGGAAGUGACAUAGAUCGAAAUACGGAGUAGGUAGCCAUGUCUUUUUUCUAUCUCUGUCUUUAUGCAGCAUUACACUAAUGUAAUUUGUUUUCCGUAUAGGUUUCUACACUACAUUUGUGCUUGGAUAUUACUUAAUUUUGUAUGGAAGACACUGAUAUAUCAAUGGAACAGUGCCAGCAUGUUAGCAGGAUAUGAAAAAACGAAAUCCUUGACGGUAUCCAGUGGAUGCUUAUGAGCACUGUUGCAUAGCAGAAAGUUUGAUGCCUUAAGAUUCUUGAUGUGCAUUUUUGCAACAUGGACGUAAGCCACUACAAGGGCCAAAUCCUGAAAUACCCUGGAAGGAUAUGAGAGUAUGCAAGACUUUUAGAAGUGCAGAAACUAUGCAUUUUGGCUGCACCGCGGUGGAGGAAACUAAUUCUGCAAAGUUGGUGUGAGAAAUGCCAUGCCGGUGUCAUACGGGAGUUUCUUCCAUAGCAAGUCUAUGGAAGAAAAAUGGGGCAGGGGAGGAAAGAGUGAAACAAUCAUAGAGUACGGCCAUUGAAACUUCACAGUACGAUUAUGUGUCUCAAAGCACUAUCUGGUAGACUUGCAGCAUGAUGCAUUUUUGCUUUCUCCACUACCAUUAUCAGAUAACCAGUGGUAUUGGUAGGUGUUGCUAAACAGCCAACCCAAGACUCUGGCCUUUUAGUCCUCUCUGAUAUUGAAGUUCUCUUCCUACAGGCUUGCUUUGUUGCAAUACAACAUCAGACAAGCAAGGUUUUUCCAUUGCAUUUUUUUUUAUUUUUUCCAGAAAUAAGGGCCCACUGGCAACAUGGUACAUUAGUUAGGGAGAAUAAAGUUUCCUCGACUUUCUGUUUCUUUAAAGUGCCAAUAGUUUAAUUUCUAGAAUUUGUCUUAUUAAGCCAUAUCAACAAUAUAAUUUAGUAAAGUGAAUUCCUCUUCUUCCUUCCUCCCCAGAGAUGUUUACCUGAAUAUUACUUUCAAAUCUUUUUGACUGAUAAAACCAGCAUAAAGAUCCCAAUUGAUUUAUCCAUCUUCUUUCAGCCCAGCUCCAGAAAUCAUCCAUUUCUUUUUUAAGAGAAAAUAAACAAAUAUGUACUGUACUUUAUGGGACUGGAUUUCACAGGGAUUUUUACUAGCAAAAUUCCUUGAGUAAGAUGUGGAAGAAUGCACCCAAGGGAGAAAGAGGGUUUGUUCUCUAGUUACCCCUGCUUUGGCAUCUCUCCCUCCCACAGUCUCACUGACCCUGAAUCCAAGGCCUAUCCUUUUAAGACACAAACCUUUUUCUGAGCAAAUAAUUCUACAAACUACUGUGGGGGCUUAAUCUUUAUUAUCAGUUCACAAGGGGCAGCAAAGUACUCGAUGCUUGACUCAGAAGAAUCCUCAUCUCCAGCCGCCCAGCUCUUUAAGCAGAAUUCUGGCUUCCGAUACUCUUUAAGGAGGAGACCAUUGUAGCCACGAAGUUCUGUCUUGGCUCACUGUAUGGUGUUAGACUUCCCCAUCAUUCUACCUUGAUGUGUACCUUUUAAUUCCCCAUCAUAAAUUGUGUCCAAGCUGCUCAUAGUUCGUUAGCUCCAUAAAAAUAUUAAAUUCUUCCCAAACCCCUUUUAUAUAAAUUAUCCCAUGUAUGAUACAAGUGGAAAAACCGGGAUCCACUUUGCAAAUCUUAGGAAACAUGACGAUAGUUGGAUGGGGGGGAAUUAUAUUGAAAAUAAAUUUUGUAGUUUGUAUAAUAGUUUAGGAUCUUCUUAGAUCAGCUUAGUUUACAAAAUGAAGGAAAAGCUAAAAUGGUUUGUGCUGUCUUUGUGACCAACCCAAACUCAAGAGCUGGAUCCUACACACUUCCUGUGCAAAAUGCAUAAAUCAAGCUCAGGGCUUUCUGUGCAACUGCUAACCUCACUCUCCAUACUCAAGGUAGUGGGAUUUCACCCCAACUCCUGUCCUGAAAUAGCAGUUGCCAUCAGUGCUUCAGAGCACAUGGGGGAAAUAAGCGUUAUGUGGCACAACAGCACCUUGCAUAUAGCUUCUCCAGGUCAGGUGGGGAUGAAUAGAGGCAGGUUUGUUUUUUUGUCUUCUUAUGUCCCAGCCAGCCCACAGAAUGGUCCCACAACUUCUUGCACUAGCUAGGCACUGUAGCAAAUGGACAGCCCCUUCAGUGUUGACGCAAGUGGGCAGAGGUGCCAUGCUCUGCCUUGCUUGUCCCAUUCUUCAUACAGUACCUGUGCUUUGACUCUCAACAGCUUCAGGAAAGGAUAGAAUGGAAUCAAGUAUAUCUUGGGAGCCAGGCCAUAAAUUUAUGGGUUGCGUUUACCAGUUAGGUCAACUAUAGCAGCACAUUUCUUAUAGUAUGUCAUAUAUGUAGAGUACGUAAAAUGGGUAACAGGGUUCUCUUUGUAGAGUGUACAUAGGAAUUAAGGCCCAUCUGCACUUAACGUGAAUCUUAGAAGUCCACACGUUGCUGUUAAUGCAUUCCCUUUUUUCACUAUUGGGGUAAUAAUUGUCAAUAUUUAAUACUUUAUUGAUUUGCAGUCCUUAAACCACUUUGAAAAGGUUCCAGAAGACUCUUCUUCAUGGUAUCCGUUGUUUAAUGUGUAAACUAUCUUGACCAGUAUUGAGAAAUAAUACCAAAGAAUAUAGUUUGUAAACGGUUUAGUUUUAAUUCCAAUGCCUUAUGAAAGCAUUUUGCUAGUAAAUGACCUAGCAUCAGCAGGUCACAUUUAAGGAUCAAUGUAAUUUUUAAUGCUAGUAAAUACAGUUUGCAUUCCCUAGCAGACACAUUCCUGUUUCAAGAAGCUCCCCUGAGUUCUGAUUCUAGCACAAUCUGGCGUUGCUUGCUGGCCACUUUUAUGAGUUCAGUUUUAUGUUACAGAUUUGGGGUGAAGUUGUUUUUUAAAACAGCAGCACUUCUUUCAUUUACCAACGACUCUUUUUUCUGGUAGAAUAAUGCCUUAACAAUUGGUAUCAACUACUAGAGUCAAUCAAGUUCCAAACAUCAUCUUUAUUUUUAAUAAGAUGCCAACCCUAAUAUACAAUGUGACGUUAGCUCCUGGUUACUUAGCAAUACAUCUCUUGGAUCUGUGUUGGAAACUUAUGCUUUAACUCAGUCUUAAUAUCCAAUAUGUAUUCUCCAGAUCUUAACUUGAAUCUUGCAAAUGGUAGAAAGUGUCUGUCCACAUUUACAGAACAUUAAGUGAAGUUGAGUUGUAGAAGAUCAUCCAACAGGGAUAUGACUGACUCAUAACUUGGGUCAAGUUAGGACAGCAUCAGAACCUUUUUCUUGGUACCCAGAAAUUGUAAACACCAACAGAUGUACAAGUUACAUUAUGUUGCAGUUCCCAAGUAGUCCCAGAAUUCUGGGAUUCUACCAGGAAAAUUUUAUAUAAAGUGGUUUAAGGAAUGCAGAUUUUUCCUUCAUUCCUAAAUGCAUUUACCAGGAAGUCCUAUGGGUUUCUGCAGAGAUGACACAUAAAUACAUGGUUUAGAAUUGCAGACCAUAAUGCAAAACAGAGAACAUCUCUCCACUGUGUCUUCAUUUCUUCUGCCCUCGUGUGUAAAUUACAAGGCCAUAAGAGUGACAUCCUUAGUUUAUGUCUAGGGCUGCCACAACCUGUGUGUUUACCAGUGGGUAUGUCAAAUACAUUGUCCUGUAUUUAUGACAAAGGUGUAUGCAAGGAUUUUACUUAAAUAAAGGUAUAUCCACUGUAACUAAGUAAGCUUGCAAAUACUCAAAUUUAAAUUGGUAUGAGGUUAUUUAGAGGAUAUAUAAUGUGAAUAAUGCAUCUGUUUUUAUGUUGCAGAUAGGAAUAUUCCUAUGCACAAAGAAAGCAUUGCCAUUAAUACUUUAAAGUGACUUUUUAAACGGACUUUUAUAAAUAAAUUAAAUAUAAAAGAAUACAGAUCAUUUUGCCUGAAAUUUUCAUGUUUUUAUCUGCACCUUGUAAUAUUUUCAUGUGUAUUUUUCACCAAUAAUUUUAAAUCAUGUUGAGUAUUUUAUAUAUCAAAGUGCAGACUUCCAUUAAUAUCUUAAGCAUUGCUCCUUUUAAGGGGAAAAAGCAUAAUCUUUACACCCUUCUUUGCCAAAGUGAUGAUACAUUAAAAUGGAUUAUGACACACUGAAUGCAAAAGAAACUAAAUAAAUACGUUG